AAGGAUUCUCUUCUUUCCUUAGUUCUUAAAAACGCUAUUACUAUGCCUUCUUAUUCCUUCUGCGAGGGUUGUAGUAUUCAGUCUUAUCAAAUCUCUAUUGAGGAUUUCUCUCGCUGCGCUGAAUAUAUCCGCCUGGAUCGCUUUCAGUGCGAUAUUCAAGGGUUGAGCGCAGCGGAAAUUCGUCGGAUAAGCAUUCAAUAUCAAUGCCUGGAGAACCAACUCGAGAGUGCUGAGGAGCAGCUGCGCGAUGCUGCUGCGGAGGUAGGACGUUUGCGGAAGCAGAAGCGUCUGUGGUUUGAGAGGAUGAUGAAAGCUAUUCGUUGA